UUUCCUUCUCCCCUCACGUUAAGUGCCGUCAAUAUUAUGGGAAACACCACAGCACCCGCCCACUCUUGGGUCCCGCCUCCGAGGCCGCCUCAGGCCGGGAACGGCCCGUCGUCCCUCAGCGCUCACCCCCCGACCCUGGGGGGGCACCGCCUGCCCAGGGGGGUUGGAAAGACUACUUUGAUCCAGAAAGUCACGCAAGCUCUAAAAUCCUCAGGCAUUCCCAUUGAUGGAUUUUACACGGAGGAAGUUAGAGAAGGUGGCAGGAGAACAGGAUUUGAUGUUGUCACUUUGUCUGGAAACCGAGGACCUUUAUCUAGAGUCAGUUCUAAUUCUACUUCAAGAUGUGAAUACCGGGUUGGACAAUAUGUUGUAGACCUUGUUUCCUUUGAGGGGUUGGUUCUACCUAUGCUAAGAAAUGUAAACCAUGGUGGUGAUACAGAGAGAAGAAUUUGUGUCAUUGAUGAGAUUGGUAAAAUGGAACUCUUCAGCCAGGCUUUUAUUCAAGCUGUUCGUCAAACGCUGGCUGGCUCAGGGACUGUGGUGCUUGGAACUAUUCCAAUACCUAAGGGAAAGCCACUGGAUCUUGUUGAAGAAAUAAGAAGUAGGAAAGAUGUUAAAGUGUUCAAUGUUAGUAAGGAAAACAGAAACAGCAUUUUGCAAGACAUCUUGGCAGCUGUGGAAUCCUGCAGAAAAUGAAGACCUUUUCUUUCCUGUAAACACUAAAGCUUUUAUUUCAACAAAACAUUUUGCGGAUGUUUUAGAGUCUGUCUUUCCUGCUUUAGGCCCUGGAGGCUUUACUGGAGCCUUCAGGGUAGCAAGGUAAAGCUGGUAAUAAUCUAAAAUGUGAAAAUGAGAUAGCGGGAUUUGUAUUUAUUUAGUUCACCAAAUUCAAAAAAUUGAACAGAGUUGUAGCUAACAUCCAGUUCUAAUCUGGGUGUUUGGAAGUGAGGUGGUCUAACUCUGAUCUAGGUCACCUCAUGUAAAAACAAUUAACUGUAAAAUCUGUUUGAGAUCUGAGUCUUCCUGAGUGUGUUUGGGCUUGCUCUGAAGUACAGAGAGCACUUCAGUGUCUGGAACUUAGCCCUGGUGUAACAGAACAGAACCCUGUCCCAAAUCUAUGUGUGUUCUGCCUGGCUUAUGUAGAAGUGUCUUUGCUGUUGGCAACCCAGUUUAUGUGCAUCCAAGUGUGUUUCAACAUGGGUGCUGACAAAUCAUGAAGUAGAAGGAAUAAGCUGAUGGUCUCUCUCCCUCUACUUCCAGACACCCUUCCCUGCAGUUGCAGUAUAAGUAGGGUUAACUAAAGUUUCAAGAAAAUUUCCUGUAGUCCCAAGUGACAUUUACAGAAUUCCACUUUGGGUGUAAAAAUAACCAACUCUAACCUGUCCUGCAUGGCCCAGACAGCAGUUGCUAAGAGGCUGCAUUUUGAUUUUAUUUUCAGUUUUCUGAUGGUAAUCCUGUCCCACACCCCUUGUAAAAUUAUAUGUAUGAAACUUCAAGUCUGUGAAGUUCAGUCAAAUGUUGACGUGUUUUUCAUGCAGAGCUUGUUUAAUCAGGAUUGACUUAAUACUGCAUUUAUCUGUAUUUGUUUUACAAUCUGUUAUGUUUAUUGAUACUUCUUAUUUGUUUGGGUUUUUUUCCUUAUUCAGAUCUGUUCAUGCUUAAUGGUGAAAUAAGAAGUGUUUGAGAGUAUUAAACAAUGUGUUUCCCUAUGAGGUGUGCAGAUGUGUUCAGGAAAAGUGCUACCACUUAAUCAGUUUUGCAUGCUGUGAAAACAGAAUUCCCUCCUAGGUGCACACUGUUCAUUGUACAAUUUAUUGUCAUCUCUGGUUGUAGAAAGUUGUUAAGAAUUCAGUUGUUGCUUAACUUUUUUCUGUUCAGUUUAGUAACUUUUAAAAUCAGCAAACUAUUCAAAGCCAUUUUCAAAUAUAAUUUUAUUUAUUAAUUUCUGUAGAACUGACACCCACACUUGUACAGGGCUGGAUGGGGACAGGCAUUUUUACAGGUGUCCUGCAAACAGCCGGGAGCAUGGAAGGAAUGUCCUUUCUCUUUCCUGUAUUCAGAACAAGGGGGUCUGGUACAAACAUUGCCCCUCCCCACACAGUAGGAGGUACAUGCAAUGUUAUAGGAUGCCACGGCCUCAUUCCUUUCUGCCCAAAUCUGUUUGGAUGGUAAUAUUAUUUUCAUCAUACUUGGGAAAAAGAAAAUUCAUCUUAGGGUCCCACUCCUUUGAGAAUGUACAGCUCCUGGCUGCUUUUUGCAAAUUAAGGUUGUGCCCUGGAGAUAUCGCUAAUUCUUUAAUUACUUCAGGCAUCUUACUCAGACAAAACACCUUUUUAGAGGUGAAGGACUUGGGACCAGUGUAAACCUUUUCAGGGCUGUAUGCCAUAGGUUUUUGAGCAGAAACCUUAACUAUUGGAUGUCCUCCUGUUUCAAUGUCAAGUCUCUUAAGCUGUAAAAUAUGCUGCAAAAGAACAGUUCAAUGAUUAAAUAAAUACCCAACGUCUA